AUUUCAAUCCCUCCUCACCAGCCAGGAAUGCCUGCUAUUGCCUUGCGGCUUGCCCUUGGAGCUUGAAGAUAGUUUUGAGGUGACAUUGAUGGCUCAGGAACCAGCGCAGGAGCUCCUGUGUGGUCAUCACCCUCUGCUUAGUCCCCGAGGAGAGCCAUAGACACCAACAGCAAAAGAAUGAGGAAUGGAAUCAUUUUUGCUUGAUAAAAAUGCCAAAAUUCCUUGUGUUGUGCCUUUGCCUUGCCAUGGUGGAAGGAGAACCUGUGAAGCGUUGGAUACACUUUAUACUGCUGUUCAGUCGGCAGGGAAAAUUAAGGCUUCAGAAAUGGUAUACGACGCUGCCUGAUAAAGAGAAGAAAAAGAUUAUUCGAGAAAUCGUUCAGAUUAUUUUGUCUCGCAAUCAAAAAACAAGUAGUUUUGUUGACUGGAAAGACCUCAAGCUUGUUUACAAAAGGUACGCUAGUCUCUAUUUCUGUUGUGCAAUAGAAGACCAGGAUAAUGAGCUCCUGACACUAGAGGUCGUUCAUCGAUACGUAGAACUUCUGGACAGAUACUUUGGAAACGUGUGUGAGCUGGAUAUUAUCUUUAAUUUUGAAAAGGCUUAUUUUAUUCUUGAUGAGUUUAUAAUUGGGGGAGAAGUACAAGAAACUUCAAAGAAGACUGCUGUGAAAGCCAUAGAAGACUCUGACAUGUUGCAGGAGACAGUGGAAGAGUACAUGAACAAGCCUGCAUUUUAACAUUAAAACUACCUGGAGAGGAACUGCUGUGUGCACCUUUAAAAUGCAGUUCCUCGGAUAGCUUCCCGAUGUGCCAGAUCCUUAGAGAAAUACCAAAAACCAAAAACUGAAGGGGUUUGUUUGUAUAAUGGUGAAGAUGAAGGUCAGCUAAUGUAGCACAGGGUUUAGCAAUUCUGCGCGUGCAGUACUCUGCACAGGAGUUUCUCAGAAUUGUUAUUAUGCUUGGUCUAGUUUCUCUUCUACUUGCUGGACUAAACACUUAUUUUGUACAAUGUCUUUUAGCUACGGGUUUUGUCAUCAUAAAACAUUACUCUGACAGUACUUCGAAGAGGCAUUUUUACUAGUUUUGGUCUACUGCUGACCGUAUGACUCUACUUUUGUACAAAUGUCCAUUAUUUUGAAUGUAAUGAUUAUUCUACUCUAAUAAUAAUUUUUUUUCUUAAAGCCAAAUUGUUGUGGGCCUUGAUUUCACAAGCUUGUUUUGAAAAGAUGAACCCACCCAGUAUAAGAAUUAUGUGACUCUUUGGACCAGCCCCAUUCUUUCACUAUCUUCCUUUUAUUUUUUGCUCGUCUGCUAAUAAGACCUCUCCAGCUGCUAUUAGAGUGCACGGCACACUAUUUAAUCUGGAAGACUGUGCUGACUGGAGGUAGGCUCCUUCCAGGUUUAGUGAAUCCUUUUUGCUGCUGCAUGCAGAUGGCUACUUUCUGUCUUUCUCCUCAUUUUCCUAUUGCCUUCUUAGAUCCCCUGGACCUAGAGAAGGGCUACAAUUUUUAGUGAUUGUGCAGCUUGAGAGCAGGAGUUAUCCUGAAGAAAUGAAAUUAGUCUGGGUCAUUUUAGGGUGAAGAUCAUCUCUUAUAUCUUUUCACUGUGUAGCCACCAAUAAUCAUGUUUCCCGGUAAAGUUUUCCUUUCCCCUAUUCACACACUUAUUGUAAUAAUUAGCUUUCCAGUAGUUGAACAUGACCCAUGCUUGUGAAGGGUUGACAAUUUAAUCAACCUUUUAUAACUUUGCAAGGUGCACGAAGGAAAAAAGGGUCAGAUAAUAGAGAGGAGAGGGUCAAAUAGAGAAUAGUAGAGAGGGCAGCCUGAUCCAGUGGGAUGUCCCUGCCCAUCGCAGGGGAGUUGGAACUAGAUGAUCUUUAAGGCCCCUUCCAACCCGAACUGUUCUGUGAUUCUAAGAUCAACUGUGCUGUGCCUGUUACUGUGUGUUAUAAAACACAGUAGAUGUGUGUGGGGAGCCAGGUGUGUUAGCUGUCUUUCUGUCAGUGCAAUUUGGGUUCUAUGAAUUGAAUGAACUGGCUUCCUUAGAGAGAUUAUUUCCUCCUUUAACGGAACUCAGAGCUUAGAGAAAUUCUAAUUAUCUCAGCUCAUAACUCAUAGAUAUUUUGUCUCUGUAAAAUCAUGAGAUUAUCCUAUACAGGUAUCAGACAAACAUGCCAUAAUGAUCUGAGUAUUGAUUCGCAUUUCCCUUCAACAUAAAUUUUCUUUGAUUUCUGGCAUAUACAGUCAGUAUUUUCCUUCAGGGAUUUUUUUAAUCUUUAAAUGUCCUACAUAGUUAUUCUAAUUUUUUUCAUUGCUGCUUCUUUCACAGUCUGUUUGUACCUUCCUGGGGAGGAACUUGGGGGGUUAUUUUGUAGGGUGGGAACACCUGACACAACAUGACAACUUAGCUAAUUCUCAGCCCACUUUUCUGCCUAUGUUAUCUAGUCUGUUAGUAAAACAGUGACAAGCUGGUUUAGAGCAUGGUGCUGCUCUUUUUGUAAUUACUUUAUCCAUCUGUUUUCUGUGUAUGGAUGUCAAAGGCAUACUUUCAGCACCGAAAAAAAGGAGUGAAAUUGCUGGAAGGGCUUUUAAUAGCUCUGAAGACAUUGAAUUUAAUAGUAAAUUAAUGAAAUUGUAUGAGUUGUAUAUUAUUUUCUCAUGGUUUGAAAUGAAGUUUUUUAAAGUAGAGUGUUUAAUUGAUUAAGAAGCCACUUCAGAAUGUGCAAAGAGGCUCUUUCCACUCUUUACUUUUGUAAGUGACUUCUAUUCAGUGAGAUAAUCAGUAGUUUCAUUUGCUUUUACUCUUUUUUUGGGAGCCGUGCUGUGAUUCUUAGACUCUUAAAAAUGUGGUGUUGCUUGAAUUCUGGAGUAUAUCAAAACAGGAGUUCCAACAAGAAGAUUUCUAUGUGUGAAUAGGAGCAUAAUAAACCUGUCUCUUCAGUCAUUCUAAGAAGAUCUAUAGGACAUCUUUCUUUAUAACUUCAAAUGAAGAAUUGCUCAUGGAAAAAAAUAAUACAUUAACCACCAGCUGUAUCAAUAUGGUAUCUGAAGUACUUACACCAGCCGUAUCAAUAUGGCAUCUGAAGUAAGUAGAAGUGCGAAACUGAUGUAUCCAGUGCCAGCUUGAGGAAUGUGAGGAAUUAGUAUAGUUUCCUUGUCCUAGUGCAAAAGAUCGUUGAAAUAGGGUGUGCCUGUUGUACCAACUGCCUUUGUGCUACAAAGCUGGAUGUGCCACUGAGUGUGUGUUAAACACUCUAAAGAACUGCUCAAUUUUAUUUGUGCUCUAAGAAAGAUCUACAGAUCGCGUUGGUUUUGCCUGUGUAUGGGCUGCACAAAGUAGGCAGGUGAGUGUCGCUGUGACUUUUGCAAGUGUCAGUCUGUCUGUAUGGCAUAUGUAACAGAAUACUUAACAUACUUUGAAAUAUAAAACUUAUAUUUAUACUUAUUACAACCUUCAAUGAGAAAGGGGUCACUCCUGUAAGUGGUGUUAGAAUGGCAUUCAACUCAACCCAACUCUUCUCCUAAUGGGAAAAAGCCCAAAUAAAACUCAGUUAUUGUCAGGUUACCUUUAUGUCACUGUGUCAAAAUGCCUCUACCUCUAUCUUUGUGGAACACUGGUGUCAUCAACGGGACACUACAUAGAUGACUGCACUGUUAGCUCAUCAGAAGAUUUAUGUCUUAAUAUCUUGGUUCUUUGAUUUUCUUAAAGCAGGAGCUGCAUAUAUCUUUGUAUAUAUUCACAAAUCACUCUGAAGCACUGGCCGUUUCAUUUGUGUUUGCCAUUGAUGUUUUUCUUUCCAGCCUGCCCGUCUAUUCUAGGAAAUGCUCACUGUAAAGUUUUCUGAGAUUACUUUAUGAAAUCAUUAUUUAAAAAAAAAAAAGUAUUAGAAAGCAGGUUCCUUCACAGUUUUCCCAAUCUCAGUAGCUUCUUCUGUGGUUAUCUAAACUCUCACCUUGCUUCAAGCACAUAUGUCCUAGUUUUCAAAAUUGCAUUUACUAAAAUAACCAUUAAUCAUGGCCAUGUUGCUAGCCUAGAUUCCCCUCCUUGCUUUCCCCAGCUGCAUCUAACAAAAAGCAUCUUGAUUUUCUUAUUAGUAACUCUGCCUGAAGGUUUCUUACUGUGAUCUUCCUGCUUACCAGUUGUGAUGGGGCUGGUUUUCUGUCAUGCAACUAUUUGCAGCUCAUGAGUUGUGACAUCUUUUAACAUAUCACGGCAAUUAAAAAGAGAGAGACAGACAUUAGAUUGGCAUAAAAAUAAGGAUAAAAAUGGCAACAGGAAUAUUAAAAGUAUGACAAAUCAUCAUGAGCGAGAGACAAGAGUGACAGAAUUCAUAGGAUUAAUGAAUUCCUAUCAUUUCUGUCUCUAUUAAUUUCUGAGUGUUGUGGCUCAUUAAAAGGUGUUAACCCUUACAAAUGACUGUAGAAAAACUGGCAUUUAUGUUACCUCCUAUCAGCCUUUGUUUAAUGAAGAGCCACUGAAAAUAAAUCUUUGACACCUCCCCACACCUACAAAAAUCAGAAACUCGGGUGGGAAACUUAAUGUAAAGCUUAGGUCUGAUUCUGUGUCUGAAUUUGUGCUGUACGGAGUAAUGCUGUACUUAAGAAAGGAUGAAUUACCGUUAGUUUUUGGUUUUUUUCAUUUAUUUUACAGUCCUUCCAGUAAAUAACACAUUUUUUUUAUCCUCUGCUUAAUACUGUGCUGUGUUGGAAUAAUACAGCAUGCAGUAACGGUACAUUAGGGGUCAGGAGGGACUGGUUUAUAAGGGAAGAUUAGAAGAGUUUAACAGUGAGAGUGAGGUUUUCAAAGGUACCCAGAGACGUUCAGUCAACAGUUCAUAAAGAGAAAACUCCUAUCUGUGUCUGCUCAUGACGUUCUGCUUCACUGCAAAUGCCUUUGAACUUCUGUUAGCACAGCUCUGGUGUGAGGGGGAUGCUGCUCUCAUGCUGCACAAAAUGACUAAACCCAAAGGUCUUAGUUCUGCAGUGAACCCCUGUGCUGGGAUUUUCAUUAACUUUGUCUGACGCUUGUACGAGCAUGGAGUCUACAUCAUCGCUUACAUCAUUAUAUUUUUGCUUUAGACAGCUGCCAAGAACUUGUGAGCUCAGAAAAAGUUAAAGCAUCCUUUCAGGGAAUUUAACAACAUUCUUACUGAAUUGAACAGUGUGUGCAUUCCUUAGCAAGAUUGUAGUACAACUAAAAUACAGCUGUUGAUUUAAAUGUCUGUUAGUAUUUUUCAGGGCAUUUUUUUCAUGAAGAUAGCUGGUCUAGGUUGAAGUAGAAUAGUGAAAGCUUAGCAUUUAUAGCUGGGCUGUGCUGCAAGAGCCUUAAUGUUUGCUGUCAUGGAAACCUGUUGCCUUGGAACAUGACUAAUGAGACCCAGGCUAAGGGAAAGGAAGAAGCUAUUCUUGAAAUUACUGUUCGGCGAACCCUAAGGAAGACCAGCGAUAUAUAUUAUCAUAAGUUGUAGUUAUUUCAAGUUCUGUUGCCGUGUUCA